AGCGCCUUUACUUUCACAAAAAGAACUUUUUUCGCAGGGCAAAUCGUUGAGAUGGAGUUGGAUUUGAUGGCACAAUUAGAACGGCGUGCGGUGGCGCCGCCGGUGGUGACGGAUUCGUCGGAGGCGAUGGAGGUAGGACUAGAGAUCUCUCUUGGACGGAACUCCGGCGACGAUGGGUCGACUGAGCGGGUGCAGGUGAGCGACGAGGAAGUGGAAGAGAAGAAGGGAAAAGUGGAGGACGGUAUUGUGCAAUAUGGUUUACAGAUGAUGCCUGUUAUUUUUCAGCAGACUAAUGGCUAUUGCUAUGCUUGUAUGGUGCCCUGCUGGGUUCCAUGCUCAUCGGAUGGUGUUGAAAAUAGUUUGAAUCGGGAUUUAGUGGUGGAAAUGGAUCGAGUUGUUGCCGGUGAUUGGAAGCCGGAGGUAGCAGGUGGCUCUGGGUCGAGUUCGCCCGGAACUAGCAGUUCCGGGACUUCUGUGUUUCAGAGCUUUUCUGUUAAAGGAGAAAGCAGCAGUAGCAAUGAAUCAAGAAGCCAUUCAAUUGAUGUCAGCCUAACAAGUCCUGCGCGUAGUUCAAAAUCCAGAAAAUUGAUGUUAGGACAGAAAAAAUCAUCCACUCAUUCCAAAAGACGAACUAAAGCUGCUUUAAGUCCAAAGAAGAGAGCUUUGGUCUCUACUCGAGGCGCCGAGGGGGAGAAGAUUGAUGGGUAUUUAUACGAGUGCUCUGAUAAUCGUGGAGUUAGAAUUCUAUGCGAAUGUCAUCGGAGAUUUUUCUCUCCGUCUGGUUUUGUGAGGCAUGCUGGAGGUCCUGAGACUCUGCAUCCGCUUAGGCAGAUAACUGUGGUUCCUUCAUGAGUUACUUUUCCUUCUUUCUUCCUCUUUUUCAAGGUUUCUUAGGUUUUAGGUUCUGAAAACUGCACAGAGGUUUGAGGUUUUACUGUGUUGGGAAAAUAGUUUUAGUAAUGGUUGUCUGAUACUGUAAUCAGAAAAGUAGUUUUUUUUCCCAAGUAAAUAUAUGGAGGAUGAUAUAGCUG